AGAGAGAGCUGUGAUUUGAGAAUCCGGGCCCACAAUAUGUCAACAAGCGAACGAAACUCGCCGCCGCCGAUCGCCGCCUGCGAUCGCCUCUACCGCGCCCUAUCCGACUGCCACCGCCGCAUCUCAGCUGGACCGACGCGCGAGGCGGCCUGCCGCCACCUCAACCGCUCCCUGGCCGAGUGCAUGGUGGCGGCGGCCUGCCCCGACGAGUCCGACGCCGUGCGCACCCUCUGCUCCAGCGGCGGCACCGCCGUCAAGCGCCGCCAGUGCGAGCAAGCGAAGCUCUCUCUCUCCGUCUGCCUCUCCACUCAUCAAGCCGAAUUUUGAAAAUCCGCCCAAUUUUCCGAUGCCCUAAUUUCAAAAUUGGGGAUUUUAUUUGUAUGUAUGUGUACACGAAUUUGGGGAUUUUUGAAUAUGUAUGUAGGAUUUAGGGUUUCGAAUUUGAAUUUUAUGCUCUUGUGAUUUUUUAGGAAACAUUGAGCUUAGAUUGAAGAUUGAAGGUUUUGAGGAAA